AUGUCUUCCUUCUCAACCCAAAUGCUUGGCCCAAUCGUCGGCCUGAACCUCUGGACUUUCGUUAUCGAGGGUUGGAUGUAUGCCACUCGCAUCCCCGCCACGGUACGCGCCCAGAAGACCGGAAAACUUACAAUGCGGCCCGAUAUGACGAAAGAAGAGUACAACGGCGCGCUCCCGGCCAAUGUCCGCUGGAAGGCCGACAACUACAACCACCUCAUGGAGCAACCGCUGCAGUUUUACGCCAUUGCUCUGGUCAUCGCUCAAUUGGGGCGGGGGAACAAAGUUGACUUGGGAUUGGCUUGGGCUUAUGUGGGUAUCCGAGUUGUGCAUUCGCUGGUUCAAUGCUUGUCAAACAAAAUCCCAACGAGAUUUGGGAUCUUCUUGGCCAGUUCUGGGGUUUUGGCGGCAUUGACGGUGAGGGCUGGUAUCGCAGUAUUCGGCGCUUGA